AAAAACAAAAGAAAAUUUUAGACUUUAUCAAUAGCUUGUUACAAUGAACAUGUCAAGUACUUUUCUACAUGUCUUAAUUAGUUUCAGAUGAUCCUCACCAUUACCAUCUCCCAACCUCCCUUCUCAAGCACACAUCAACAAUAAGGUGUUUCUUCAAAACCAUGGCUGACAACACCAAACAAGAUAUGGAGAGUAUAGAAGAUGAGAGGAAGAUAGUGAAGAUGAGCUCGCUUAAAAAGAGAGCGAUAAGUGCAUCAACCAGAUUCAAGAACUCAUUCAAGAAGAAGACUCGGAGGAGCAGCAGCAGAAUCGUGUCCGUAGACGAUAUCAACGCUGAGGAUCGUCAGUCUCUUGACGCGUUCCGUGAAGUUCUUGCUUACGAUGACCUUUUGCCCUCCAAACACGACGAUCUUCACAUGAUGCUUAGAUACUUAAGGGCGAGAAAAUUUGACGUCGAGAAAGCGAAGCAAAUGUGGAGUGACAUGCUUCAAUGGAGGAAGGAUUUUGGUGCCGACACGAUCAUUGAGGAUUUUGAGUUUGAAGAGAUCGAUGAAGUACUCAAGCAUUAUCCUCAAGGCUAUCAUGGAGUGGACAAAGAAGGUAGGCCGGUUUACAUUGAAAGAUUAGGCCAAAUUGAUGCGAACAAACUUUUGCAAGUGACUACGAUGGACCGGUAUGAGAAAUACCAUGUGAAAGAGUUUGAGAAGAUGUUCAAGAUCAAGUUCCCUUCUUGCUCAGCCGCAGCCAAGAAGCACAUUGAUCAAAGCACAACUAUUUUUGAUGUGCAAGGAGUGGGGCUUAAGAACUUCAACAAAUCCGCGAGAGAGCUUCUUCAACGCCUUCUCAAGAUCGAUAACGAAAAUUAUCCUGAGACUCUUCACAGAAUGUUUAUCAUCAAUGCGGGUCCUGGAUUCCGGCUCUUGUGGGGGCCUGUUAAAUCUUUUCUUGAUCCGAAGACGACAUCAAAGAUUCAUGUUCUUGGUAACAAAUACCAGAGCAAAUUACUUGAAGCCAUUGACGCUAGCGAGUUGCCACAUUUCUUUGGGGGCCGUUGUACUUGUGAAGGCAAAGGAGGCUGUAUGCGUUCUGAUAAAGGCCCGUGGAAUGAUCACGAGCUUCUUAAGAUGUCUAAGACAAUCCCCGAAGCCAGGUUCUCCACUAUUUCAGAGGACGAAGACAAGCCUGUAGUAGAAGGAACAUCAAUAUCAAUGGUCUUUGAACCUCUAGAAAGAAACAAGAUGAAAACAAUCGAAGAGAGGGUGUCUGAUCAGAAACAGAUUGCGACAGUCGACAAGUUCAUGGCUCUGUCUUUACCUCCAAAACCUCAUUUAAAACCCAUAAGAAAAGGAAAGGGGCAACAAAACAAAGAUGAUAGCUUUCUUGUGGGAGGGGUUAUCGCUUUUGUGAUGGGUAUUGUUGCAAUGCUUCGUCUAUCAAAAGACGUUCCAAGGAAACUCACAGACGCUGCUUUAUUCGGCAACUCAGUUCACUACGAGGAAUCGAAAACAUCUAAAAGAAACGAAGAUCAAUCUCCAGCACCACCAGUCUCAAACUCUGAAUACCUAAGUAUGGUUAAACGUAUGGCCGAUCUUGAAGAAAAGUACAAGACCCUUGACUCGAAAUCAGCUAAUGAUGUUUUAGAGAAAGAGGAUAAACUUCAAGCUGCGCUUAACCGGGUUCAAGUACUUGAGCAUGAGUUAUCUGAAACCAAAAAGGCUUUGGAUGAAACGAUCACUAAUCAGAAAGGGAUACUUUCAUAUAUUGAGAAGAAAAAGAAGAAGAAGAAGAGACUGUUUUGUAUGUUCUAGCUAUAUCAACGAACAAUGGUAACAUGUCCCAUGACAAUAUAAGAUGAGAAGUCAAGUGAGUGUUUUUGUGUUUCUCUCCCAAAAUGAGAUUAUAUAAAUUGCAUAUUAAUGAAACUAAAUCCUCCGCAACGUACGGUUUUGUGUAAAUAGAAGUUUAUUUUUAUUUAUUUCUUUAACAAGUAACAAUAACUUGCAAUAUUUAGAGUGCUUACCUUGGGUGUUGUCGUGUAA